UAAAGCAGCUAUGGAGGCAGUCGCUUCCCUGUGCUGAGUAAUCGGGUGGCCGACGCUCUGCGCCCACAUGUAAGUAGUCAGGUAUAUUGUGAAGCCUUCGGGUAUCAUAGAGGCUAAGUGAAGGAAGUAGUGCAGUCACAUGAAGGUGUGUGGUCGUUGUAGACCGCGGCAGAAAGUAAGUAUAGAGAGGGUACAAGGAGACAAAUGGAGGAACCAGAGGAUACAAGAGAAGUGAGACAGAGUGCUCGAUCUCCGCCAGUGGGGCCGUCGGAGCAGUUAAAUUACUGGGAUGAUGAAGAGCGCAUAAGAACGUUGCUGGGUCUGUGUUUUGAUGAUGAAGUCUAUCCAACGGACUUGGGUCCGGGGGAAAUGACUGUCCAAGGAAGGGAAGUGAAAUUCAAGCUGAAUACCACGCUGGAUGAGAUAAAGGUGAAGUGGCUGAAGGAACUGACAGUCUCGGUGAUAUUUAAAAAGAAUGCAAGAUUUUUGCCGAAGAGGGUGAAGGAUGAUGUAAUACAAGCAUUCGAGGACGGAUGGGUGCUGGGGAAUGAUAAUUUCCCUACUGAAACCAGACGCGGUAGAAUCAAGAUUGAAGGACCAAACGCACUCUCGUAUGUGGCCAAAUCUCGGGAAGUAGCAGCAUACAUGAUUCACGAGGGAGGAGUGAAGAUUCCGGUUGGAGCAACGAGGUACAAAGUUCAAUUCAAGCCUUGGAUGACUAAGGCAGAAUUCAAGGAAUUAAGGCGACAGGAAGACGAUAGGACGUUUUGGGUAAUUGCGAUUCAAGUACCGCUCGACAAUAUGCCAUUCAUCUUCUCUCAAAUCCAGCGGGCCAUUGGGAGAAGCAUACUAGCACAUCCUCCAGACGUGGAUCCGUCAAGACCAUCUCUGGUCAAUGUGCGCUUUGACAUUGAUCCCGAAGCAAGGGGCAACAUGAAGGAUAAACUGUGGAUAAAUACAUCCAACGAAGACGAACUGGAGGUAAAACUGGCAUGCGCAACGACCCCAAAGUAUCAGUUAUGCAAGCAGUUCUUCCACGUGGCAGAAGAAUGUCGAAGGAAUGGAGGAGGGCAGACUCCAGGAGCGGGAGUGUCAUUCAGCGUGCCACAUCAGCAACCAGCCCAAUCAGGGACUGGGCAGAGAAGAAGUCGAAGGCCCUCGUAUCAAGGCACGCUCGAACCUCAACCAUCGCAAGGUCCCUCGAUGGGAGGAGGCGGACCUGCGGGCUUUUCUAAUGCAACACUUAAUCCAAUCUUCUCCCCUAGGGGACAGGCGCAGCCUGACGGUUAUUUAAACAUGAGUUCCUCCAUGGCAAACCUGUUUCAAGCGGCAACGAAUCUAUAUGGCAUACCCCAGCAAGGAGGGUUUCCCCCCUUCGGAGGGAAUUGGCUCAAUCAGAACCAUCCCCUGGUGAUGGGAGGAGGGUUUCCCCCACCACCUGGAGGGGACCUUGGCGGAGUAGGUGCGUAUGGCGCAUCAACUUUUCGUAGUUACCAACCCGGUGCCUAUGCCGGGGGGCCCCAACCUGCUCCAGGCCCCGGGGGCCGGGUAGGACGCCCAGAAGAGACGAGUGGACAAUCGCAUAAUACUCCAGUAUCGACACCAACCAGGAGAGCAGACGAAGAGCGAAGAGGAACGAACGGUGGGGAAGAUGGGGCAGAGUCGCAAGGAGCAUCAACUUCGAGAACAGAGGACGAGUCCAGACAGAGAACGCGUCCAUCCGGGAAGCAACGAAAAUUAAGUAUGUCCUCCGUGACGGAAUUACGAGUCGAACAAUCCGGAGGUUCCUCCACGCAUUCGUCGGAUUGCUCAGCUACGCCUGGUAUGAAAACUACAAGAGACAGGCGGCUCACUUCUGUCGCAAGGGGUCAGUCUAGCGGUAUGGAGCAGGUUCUACUUUCGCUGGUAUGUACUUAUGCAAGGAAUGCAUACUGGGCCAUUGCUUGGCAAACGCAGACAACUCCGUUUACUCUCUUAUCUCAGCCUGUAGUGGACGCACCAUCGGUUCAAGCAAUAGGACAAGCAUUGAAGAUGUUGUAUCUAGAGUACUUUCCAGUGAGAGUUAUUCCGGACUGCCCAAUGGCCAGAAUCAUCACAGACACGGGUGGACACAAGUUAAAACUAUUUGUGCCCAUUGUGGACAGCAGAUUCACGCCGGAUAGACUCCUUCAUCUGGAGAGGGCGGGUCUCAGGCUAAUUCCGCUUGCUUCCUUCGCUGAAGGGAGAAAGUAGGAGCUUGCCAAGAUUGCGAUCUCCCAAAGCCUA